AUGAGUGCCCUCUACAACUCCGCUCUCCGCCAAUCCAAAGCUAUUCGUGCCGACCUCGAUUCACUCUCCGCGUCCUCUGCACCUUCAUCCGCACUCCAAGGCCAGCUCACAACAUCCCUCACUUCCUUCUCACGCACUCUCGACGAUUACCAACGCGCCGUAUCCGAUGAGCUGGUCCCAGAGAAAGCCACAAAGGGCGAAGAAAGAUUAGCAAAGUUCCGGGCCGAUCUCCUAGAGUUCAAGUCAAAAUUCGCGGAGAUCAAGCACACGGUCACAGAACAAGCAUAUGCCCAGAACCGAAGCGAGCUCUUGGGGAGGAGGGGAUACGCAGGCGACAGUGGAACUGGAACACCUGAAAAUCCAUAUUCAGAUGCGGCGGUCGCGGGUAGUAGUGGACGGGGAGAAAAUGUGAACCCGCUCUUCAAGACCAGCAACUCCAAUUUUGUGCCAGGAGGUGCUGGAGGACCGAAUGCCUAUUCUGCGUACAAGAGUCCCUAUGGUCUCGGAGCAGAUAAUGCGCGGGAGAAUGCGGCGUUGAGCGAGAACUCAUUCUUCGGAUCGGCGAACUCAACGUUGGAUGAGUACUUGGAGCGUGGACGGGCUGUGCUGGGAGAUCUGGGAGAUCAGCGGGAGAUGCUCAAGGAAACGCAGAGAAAGCUGUACUCUGUUGGAAGCACGCUGGGUAUCUCAGGAGACACGAUUCGCAUGAUUGAUCGGCGGGCKAGGCAAGACAAAUGGAUCUUCUGGGGUUGUGUUGCGGUCUUCGUGAUCUUCGUCUACUUUGUGCUCAGAUGGUUGAGGUAG